AAGAAUAAAACUAGCUAGCCUGAAAUAAAUCAUAAGGAAUCCAAAAAAAAAUAUGCACAAACAAGUGGCCAUCUAGCUAGUAGCGUAAGCCAUCAUCGAUCUCCUGGAUCACCAAAGUUGCACACAAAAAUUCAAUCUCCAUCAAAGGGGUUCUCUUUGCAGACUUGUCGUCCCAUAGUAACAACAACUAUGGAAGAAGAGCCGAAGGAGCAGGCCAAAGAAGGUGGAGAAAAAGAUGUCCGGUACAGGGGAGUGAGACGGCGGCCGUGGGGGAAAUAUGCGGCGGAGAUUCGUGACUCAACUAGGCAUGGACUCCGGAUGUGGCUGGGGACUUUUGACAAGGCAGAAGAUGCUGCUCGGGCUUAUGAUCGAGCUGCCUUUGCAAUGAGGGGAAACAUGGCCAUUCUCAACUUCCCAGAUGAACAUCGAUCACCACCCAAUGUUGAAUUUCCUCCUCCUUCCUCCUCCUCCUCUUUAUCAUCAUCUUCAUCUUCAAAUCCAUCUUCUUCUUCAAAUCCUUCAUCGCAGGUGGUGGAUAGAAGUAGGGCACGUGCUGGGAAUGAGAAAGAAGUAUUUGAGUUUGAGUAUUUGGAUGACAAUUUGUUAGAGGAACUUCUUGACUUUGAAAACAAAACAAGGAAGAAUUGAGAAAGAGUUGCAAAUCUUCAUCCAUUCCAAAUUUCCAAACUUGGUUAGUAAAGGGAGGUGUGGGGCCUCUGAAUUCUUCGGAUCCUCAACACCUUUCAUGAACAUGUGGAUUAUAUUAUUAGCUGCCUUUCAUUUUUUUAUUAUUAUUAUUAUUAUUUUAUUUUGAGUUUUGUCUUUAGAUCUUCCUCCAUUCCAAACUGGGUUAGUAAAGGUGUUUCGAAUCUUGAACCAAUCCAAACUUGGUUAGUAAAGUCGGGUUGUGGGGCCUCUGGAUUCUGCCAAUCCAAACCUUUCAUCAACUUGUGGUUCAAAAUGAGCUGCCUUUCCCUGUCAAGAGUCUGGUUUUCUUCCUUUUGAUUUUUUGUCUUUAUAUAGACGUGUAGCCUUUGACUUGGUUGGACGUAUCCGAGCAUAACUUGUGGCUGGAAAUGCUGCUGCUCAAUUUUAUGUUUCUUCUUCUUUUUUUCUUUUUUUUUUGUAAGAGUGUUCUAUAUAAAUAUGGAAGUUUUGUGUGAUUCAAGAGUGUUUUAUGUUCUAAGUUGUUUGUUAAUUACAGUAUU